AUGGACAAAACAACCAUGAAACUCAAAGGCAGCCCCCACACCACUGACCAGAGAAAAACCAGUUGGAAAGUAAGCCCCAAUCGCCACCUGGCCACAAUGGCAGGGAUACAUUCAUGUGUCCUCAGCACACAGUACAGCGCAUGUAACAUGCUAGAGUCAGUCAACAACCAUUUAUCAAGAACCUGCUAUGUGUCAGCCAGUGAAAAUGAGGGAUUUAUUUUGGAUACUGACCAAGUCUCACUGAGUCAGGAGUCCUUCUACCCUAGUGCCAGCCCAUACCACAAAGAGAACUGGACAAAAGUAGAGAUUUCUGAGCAGACGCACCAUCUUAACUUACAAGAGUAUGCGGGAGAAACAGUUGUCCAAAGGGAAAUAGAAAAGAAGAGACAACUUUCCAGGAGCCAUCCCAUCACCAAUGAUUACCUGGUUAACGUUGGCAGCAUUCCAGAAGAAAAUAAAGAUGUAAUCAAAUACAGGUUGGACUCCACCGUUCAAAACAAUGUGGUGUAUGAGUUCCACUCCUUUAUAACUGACCAAAAAGUGACAGACCAGAAAUAUCGGAAUUUAACGCGAUGUGAAAGCACCCUGAGAGCUAUGGCUACACAAGACGCGACACGUGAAGUGACGUUUGACAUAGGCAGGUACAUAACUCUAUCACCUGCACCAAAUAAUGGGAUCGCUGUGACUUUAAAGCUCUCAAACACAAACCUGUAUGUGACUGCAAAGAAGGAAAAUGAACCUAUACAACUACAGUGCCCCCCAUACCCUAUAAUGCCCCCUAAAGUCCUCAUGACCUCCACGGCCACCAGGUUCCCCUGA